AUGAGCAAUUCCGAGAAACGCAGCCCGCUCCCCAAGGGCCACAGCAUGCGUCCGGACACAAGCAGCGCUCCCGCAAAGCAGCAGCAGCAGCAGCAGCCCGCAUCGCACCUGUUUUUCACCGAAUGGACCUUCACCACAGCCGACGCGCUAGUCCUUCUCCUGACCACCGCGCUGGCCGUGAUCGUCCGCUGCCACAGCCUGGCGACACCAGGCCAGGUGGUCUUCGAUGAAGUGCAUUUCGGCAAGUUUGCCGGAAAGUACAUCAACGGCACGUACUUUUACGACCUGCACCCGCCGCUGGCCAAGAUGAUGUUUGCAGCAGCCGGCAAGCUGGCCGGGUACGACGGUAUGUUUGACUUCAAGUCGAUCGGGCUGGACUACGAGGCUGCCGGGGUUCCGUACGUCGGCAUGCGGCUGAUGCCGGCCUUGCUGGGAGUGGUCACAGUGCCUGCUGCAUACGUGACGGCGCGUGCCUGCGGGUAUCUCUGGGACACCGGUCUGCUGGCCGCCCUGCUGGUGUGCUUCGAGAACGGGCUGGUGACGCAGUCGCGGCUGAUCCUGCUGGACUCGCCGCUGGUGUUCUUCACGGCCCUGUCGCUGACCUCCUGGUCGAUGUUCUGGACCAAGCAGGGCCGGCCGUUUUCCCUGGGCUGGUGGGCCUGGCUGCUCACCACCGGCUGCAUGAUGGGCUGUGCUGCCAGCUGCAAGUGGGUCGGCCUGUUCCUGUUCCCGGCCAUCGGGCUCUCGACCAUCUGCGACCUGUGGGAGAAAAUCGCCGACCAGAGGAUCUCGCCCACGCGGUGGUUCGCGCACUUCUUUGCGCGCGCCGUCGGUCUGCUGGCCGUUCCGCUGGCCGUCUAUCUGUUCUGGUUCCAGGUCCACUUCCUGGUUCUCUCAAAGACCGGUGAUGCCGCGCCCAUGAUGACCCCCGAGUUCCAGGCCACGCUCAAGGGCGGGCUCGAUGUGUCCACCGACCGCGACGUGUACUAUGGCUCGGAGAUCCGCAUCCGCCACAGCAACUCGCGCUCCGGCUACCUGCACUCGCACCACCACCCGUGGAAGCACGAGAAGGGCAGCGGCCAGCAGCAGAUCACAAUCUACGGCUACGCGGACCCGAACAACGUCUGGGUUGUGUACCCGGCCGUCAACAGGACGGUUGACGAGACCGACGGUCCCAGGAAGGUCCAGAGCGGCGAUGUCAUUCGUCUGCGCCACAAGGGCACUGGCAAGUUCCUGCACUCGCACGACAAGAAGCCGGCGCUGACAAACGACGACAACAAGUUCGAGGUCAGCGGCUACGGCUUCCCGGGCUUUGCCGGCGACGCCAACGACAACUUCCGCAUCGACAUCCUGAAUGGCGACUCCAAGUCGCCGGGCUCCGACAAGAGCGUGCAGGCAAUCUACUCGCGGUUCCGCAUUGUCCACACGCGCCUCAACUGCGUCCUGUAUAACUCGCGGCAGAAGCUGCCCGAGUGGGCGUUCAGCCAGAUCGAGGUCAACUGCAUGCGGAACUCCCUGCCGCGCAUGUCGACGUGGCAUGUCGAGUAUGCCCACCACCCGAACAUCACAGCCGACGUGCCCAAGGCCACGUACCGCCCGCUCACGAUGCUGCAGAAGAUCUGGGAGUACAACAAGCACAUGGCCGAGAGCAACGAGAGCCUGACUGGCGACCACCCGUUCGCCGCCCGCCCGCAGCACUGGCCAUGGCUGAGGCGCGGAACCGCGUACUGGGGCGGCCGCGGCAAGUUCAUCUACCAGCUCGGGAACCCGAUCAUCUGGUGGAGCUCGCUGGCCGCAUGUCUGCUGUUCCUGGCCAUCCGCCCCGUGCUUUUCCUGCUGGACAAGCGCCACAUCCACCCGACCCUGGGCGGCCAGCGCAGCAAGUACCUGUCGGGCGCCGGCUUCUUCACUGUUGCCUGGCUCUGCCACUACGUGCCGUUCUAUCUGAUGGGCCGCGAGCUGUUCAUCCACCAUUACUUCCCGGCCCUGUGGAUGGCCAUCAUGGUGCUUGCCUUCACGGUUGAUUUGGUGUCCGCGCGCAUGCCCAAGCUCAUCCGCUGGUCCAUGUACAUUGCUGUGCUGGCUGCCGUGCUCUAUGCCUUCCAGGUGUUCAGCUUCAUCACCUAUGCGCGCACCUGGGACAAGGAGACCUGCGUGAAGAGCAAGUGGCUGAAGACGUGGGACUUUGACUGCGAGCACGCCAUUGGCGGUGUCCGCGCUACCGACCCGCCACCCAAGGUCGAGACCACCGCCGACGACGAGACGAAGCAGCAGCAGCAGGAGGAGGACGCUGUUGGUGAUGGCGAGAUUAUCCCGCCCGUUGUCGAGGAGAAGUCGCAGGACAACACCGAGGAGAAGCCGCAGGAGAAGGCUGAGGCAAAGGGUAGCGGUGACGCUGUCGCUGAUACCGUUGCUGGCGGGCAGAUCGGUGAGCCUCAGUUCCAUGUCGAGCCCAAGUUCGAGUCAGUGCACGAGGAUGAGGCAACCGAGCUCGAGUCGAUUGCCAACAACGUCGAAGCCGGAGAGAAGCACGACGAGCUCUAG